GUUAUCACCAACUGCUGCAAGAGUCGCGCACACACCUCGACUCCUCGCUCGCUUCACUCCCCAGCAAGUUGCGGCGGCGGCGCGCGGCUAGCCGGACACACCGAUCACGCUGACUAGCUAGUACUAGUAGCUAUUGAAUGGCCGGCGCGUGGAGGAAGGCGUGGCUGUCGAUGCUGGACCGAGGCGGCGGAUCAGGCGCGGGCGGCGGAGGCGGCGGGAGCAGCGGGUCGCUGCACGUGCACCUCCACGGCCUCCUCUCCCCGUCCUCGUCGUCGUCGUCGCUCAACGGUUACAAGCGCGGCGGCGGUAAGCACGGCGGCGGUGGUGGUUGCGGCGGCGGCCAUGUGAUGACGAGUAGCAAGGCCGUGCUGGCAUGCUUCUCCGUCGCGCUCGUGGUGGCCUUCUUCUACGUCUCCGUCGCCAGCGGCCCCACCGCGGACGCCGCCUCGUUCCCUUCCCCGACGGGGGCGUCGUCGUCGUCACUCCUGUCGUGGCUGUCGUCGAACUCGACGUCGGCGGCGGCGCUGCCGAGGAGGUCUCUCCCGCCUCACCCGCCCAUUCCUCCUGCCGGCGGCGGCGCUGAUCUGCGUAACACCGCGCGUAGAACGCAGAGCGGCGCCGAGGGCUCGGGGUUGCCGGCGCCGGCGGCGGAGCAAACGGCCAAACCGCGGGUUUCUGAUCUCCGGUCGGGCGCCGGGAACGCCACCGUCGGUGACGUCGACGGGGAUCAACGCGUCGGGAAUGGCACGCGAUCACGACAGCAGCGAGAGGAAACCGCAACACCAAUGCCGCGAUGGCAGAGAAGGGACGAGGAGAAGAACUCCACCCACCACGCCAUCGUCGCCGCUCCCGGCAACUCCACCGACGCCCCGGCCCCACCACUGAACUCGACGGCGACGCCGCGAGCCGCAGCAGCAGCCGCAGCCACGCCAUCGACGCCGCCGGAGAGGAAGGCUGACACCCACCACAGCCAUCGGAGAGGCAUCAGGCACAAGCAGCAGCAGCAUCACCAGCACCCGAGGCGGCGAAAGGACACCGUCCUCCUCGCGGCGGCGGCGGCGCGCCAAGAAGCUCCCGAUCGCCGCGACGACGGCGCCGCCAUGCCAUUGCCCGCCGCGACGAUCAUCAACACCAGCACCGUCGGCGACAACCGCGUCGUCUGGACGUCCGGCGUGCAGAGUGGCCUGGUCUCCUUCGCCAAGUGCGACGUGUUCAGUGGCCGCUGGGUGCGCGAUGACGACGAGGGCGGCGGCGCCUACCCGUUCUACCCGCCGGGCUCGUGCCCCCACAUCGACGACGACUUCAACUGCCACAAGAACGGCCGCGCCGACACCGGCUUCCUCAGGUGGAGGUGGCAGCCGCACGGCUGCGACAUCCCCAGGCUGAACCCGAUUGAUUUUCUGGAGAGGCUGAGAGGGCAGAGGAUCAUAUUCGUCGGCGACUCACUGAACCGCAACAUGUGGGAGUCUCUGGUGUGCAUUCUGCGGCAUGGUGUCAGGGACAAGAGGAGGAUGUAUGAAGCGUCAGGGAGGAACCAGUUCAAGACCAGGGGAUACUACUCCUUCAGAUUCAGGGAUUACAAUUGCUCCGUGGAUUUCAUAAGAUCAAUAUUUCUAGUCAAGGAGAUGAUCAACGAGACCAAAGGCGGCGCCGUGGUGGACGCUAAGUUGAGAUUGGAUGAACUCGAUGAAACGACUCCGGCGUACCGGACUGCCGACAUCGUCGUCUUCAACACCGGCCACUGGUGGACGCACUGGAAAACAUCAAGAGGGCUGAAUUACUACCAAGAAGGUAACUACGUGCACCCCAGCCUCGAGGUGAUGGACGCAUACAAGAGAGCUCUGACCACCUGGGCUAGAUGGGUCGACAAGAACAUCGACUCCACAAGAACUCAGGUGGUGUUCAGAGGAUACUCCCUCACACAUUUCAGGGGAGGGCAGUGGAACUCAGGAGGGAGAUGCCACAGGGAGACGGAGCCGAUCUUCAACCGGACGCACCUCGCCGAGUACCCGGAGAAGAUGAGGAUCCUGGAGCAGGUGCUGGGGCGGAUGAGGACGCCGGUGAUCUACCUCAACAUCAGCGCCAUGACGGACUACCGCAAGGACGCCCACCCGUCGGUGUACCGGGUGCGGUACGAGACGGAGGAGGAGCGGAUGGCGGCGGUGGCGAAGCAGGACUGCAGCCACUGGUGCCUGCCCGGCGUGCCGGAUUCCUGGAACGAGCUGCUGUACGCCUCGCUGCUCCAGGCAGGGAGAGGAUCGUGGAGACUAUGAGAAGUUGAUUUCUCAAAAUCUCUUGACAGUUGACACACAAGGCACAGGCGAAAAAAAAAAGAUGAGUGGUAACAUGGUUCAUGUUAGAGGUGCACAUAAACACAGGAAAAUCCUGCAGUGAGUAGAUCAGGUAGAAGCAGAUUAAUCGUUAAUAAGAUGAUGAGGUUUUAAUUCUUUCCUCCCGGUAGUUCAUGUACAUAUGAGAGCUUAAUAACUGAUGUACCAUCUGAAGAAUAUCAUCACAUAUUCAUAUCGAAACCAUAGCUGCCUUUUCAUAGAGUACACUGCAAGAAGUUUCCACGUCUGAGUCUUAAGGUUUCAUGUUCAAGGACUUAGGAGUCAGUGAAACACAUGUAACUGUAAGUUAGUUCUG